CAGAGCCCACCCUCCUGCUCAUGAGGGCAGACAGGCCUGCCUCUCCAGGGACAAAGUCCCUCUUCUCCCCAGGACCCCAGGGCCACCUCCCCCUCCGGCCUUCAGCCGUCAAAUUGGCAGUGGCUCCAGGGGAGUCCCCUGGGGAUGGGGGACCACUGUUGGGGACCCCUCUGCGUGCACCCCUGUAGUUGGGGAAGCAGAACAGGGGCCUGUGGAGACGGAAGGGUGCAAGGGGUUGAGAGGAUGGUGGCCGUUGUUGGACCUGAGAGGGAGAGGAAACAGGCCCGCGGAGAAGCCCCUUGGCCAGGCCUGUCUCUCCCCACCCUGGUGGACCCAGCACCCCUGCUCACCCAUCUCUGCCCACAGUGCCUGUCUGUGGAGGACGCCCUGGGCCUGGGCGAGCCUGAGGGGCCAGGGCUGCCCCCGGGCCCGGUCCUGGAGGCCAGGUACAUCGCUCGCCUCAGUGCCGCCGCCGUCCUGUACCUCAGCAACCCCGAGGGCACGUGUGGGGACGCUCAGGCUGGCCUCUGGGCCUCUCGUGCAGACCACCUCCUGGCCCUGCUUGAGAGCCCCAAGGCCCUGACCCCGGGCCUGAGCUGGCUGCUGCAGAGGAUGCAGGCCCGGGCUGCUGGCCAGACCCCUAAGACGGCCUGCGUAGAUAUCCCUCAGCUGCUGGACGAGGCGGUGGGGGCAGGGGCUCCGGGCAGUGCUGGCAGCGUCCUGGCUGCCCUGCUGGACCACGUCAGGAGCGGAUCUUGCUUCCACGCCUUGCCGAGCCCUCAGUACUUCGUGGACUUUGUGUUCCAGCAGCACAGCAGCGAGGUCCCUAUGACGCUGGCCGAGCUGUCAGCCUUGAUGCAGCGCCUGGGGGUGGGCAGGGAGGCCCACAGCGACCACAGUCAUCAGCACAGGGGAGCCAACGGCCAGGACCCUGUGCCCCUCAUCACCUCCAGCAACAGCUCCAGUGUGUGGGACACGGUAUGCCUGAGUGCCACGGAUGUGAUGGCUGUGUAUGGACUGUCGGAACAGGCUGGGGUGACCCCGGAGGCCUGGGCCCAACUGAGCCCUGCCCUGCUCCAACAGCAGCUGAGUGGAGCCUGCACCUCCCAGCCCAGGCCCGCUGCCCAGGACCAGCUCACCCAGGCAGAGAGGUAUUUGUAUGGCUCCCUGGCCACGCUGCUCAUCUGCCUUUGCGCCGUUUUUGGCCUCCUGCUGCUGACCUGCACUGGCUGCAGGGGGGUCACCCACUACAUCCUGCAGACCUUCCUGAGCCUGGCAGUGGGUGCACUCACUGGGGACGCUGUCCUGCAUCUGACGCCCAAGGUGCUGGGGCUGCACACACAUACAGAAGAGGGCCUCAGCCCACAGCCCACCUGGCGCCUUCUGGCUAUGCUGGCCGGGCUCUACGCCUUUUUCCUGUUUGAGAACCUCUUCAACCUCCUGCUGCCCAGGGACCCAGAGGACCUGGAGGACCGGCCCUGCGGCCACAGCAGCCACAGCCACGGGGGCCACAGCCACGGUGUGUCCCUGCAGCUGGCACCCAGCGAGCUCCGGCAGCCCAAGCCGCCCCACGAGGGCUCCCGCGCAGACCUGGUGGCGGAGGAGAGCCCGGAGCUGCUGAACCCUGAGCCCAGGAGACUGAGCCCAGAGUUGAGGCUACUGCCCUAUGUGAUCACGCUGGGCGACGCCGUGCACAACUUCGCCGACGGGCUCGCCGUGGGCGCCGCCUUCGCGUCCUCCUGGAAGACCGGGCUGGCCACCUCGCUGGCCGUGUUCUGCCACGAGUUGCCGCACGAGCUGGGGGACUUCGCGGCCUUGCUGCACGCGGGGCUGUCCGUGCGCCAAGCACUGCUGCUGAACCUGGCUUCCGCGCUCACGGCCUUCGCCGGUCUCUACGUGGCACUCGCGGUUGGAGUCGGCGAGGAGAGCGAGGCCUGGAUCCUGGCAGUGGCUACCGGCCUGUUCCUCUACGUAGCACUCUGCGACAUGCUCCCGGCGAUGUUGAAAGUACGGGACCCGCGGCCCUGGCUCCUCUUCCUGCUGCACAACGUGGGCCUGCUGGGCGGCUGGACCGUCCUGCUGCUGUUGUCCCUCUACGAGGAUGACAUCACCCUCUGAUACCCUGCCUUAGUCCCCCACCUUUGACUUAAGAUCCCACACCUCACAAACCUACAGCCCAGAAACCAGAAGCCCCUAUCGAGGGGCUUCUCCAACUCCAGUAAAGACACUCUUGUCCUUGGA